GCUUUAAGACUUUGGAGUUCAACAUGGCAAGAAAUUUCGAAAAUUAUUACCGAUUCCCUAGUAUCUUUAGUGCCAUUUUGGUACCUAUUGGUAUGGCACUUACGACGGUGGUUGCCUUUGCUCCAGAACUACUAAGAGUUGAAAUACUAGGACCACUGGGUAUCUUUCUUAGUAAUUUGGAAAAAAGCAACUCUACACUGAUGACAAUAACAGCUGUUAGUGCAUGGUCUAUGCAUGUUUUCGAAGCUAUAUACGCUUAUCAUCUAUGCAAAUCGUUGAAAAUAAAGAAAAAUUUAAGAAUAAUUUGGUCUUUUCAAACGUUUAUCUACGGUAUUUUCUCCCUAAUCUAUCUCCUAAAGAAGACAAAGGAGAAUAAAAAAUCAAAUUAA